AGUAAAUAAACGACAUAAACAAACUGAAUGCUCAUUCUCUUUUUCUGGUUGUUCUAAUACGGAAUUCAUUUUUAAUAGCAAUUAGUUUUAAGUAAUUUAGUCAUGUUUUUCGAAAAGAUUCGUCAACUUACACUUUUGCUGGAAAAGCAGGAACUUGAGGCACCAAACGGUAUUGUUUCUGUUCAACUGUACUCUGAAUUAUUUGCGGCAUAUCUUUAUCAGAACGAUCUCUCUAAUGCCCGGUACCUUUGGAAACGAAUUCCGCCAAAUGUGAAAGCCGGUCACUCCGAGCUGGAUCAGAUGUACAAAGUAUUCCAGUGCCAGUGGAACAACGACACCGCUGGGUUCUACAAAGCCAUCAACUAUGAUUGGUCCAAGCAUGUGUCCGAGCUCAUGUUUGAGCUAAAAGAAAAAAUGCAGCAAGAAACAGUGAACCUAAUCGGACGGGCCUACAGUUCGAUUUUUGAGAAUGUCCUUGCUGAAAUGACCAACCAAACACCGGAUAUGAUAGACGAGAUGUGCAAAAACUUGAACUGGGAAAUUAUUGAUGGGCCGCGUCCCAGGUUGAUUUUGCCAAAACAUCCACCAGUAGACAAGCCUCUGGUGGUUACAGCAGAGGAUCAGCUACAGAAGUUAACCGACUUUGUGUCGUUUUUGGAAAAUUAAUCGUUUGCUAGCACACAAUGUUUUAAAAGCACAUGAACAUGUUUACUUGGUUUGAAAUAAACGAUUGAUCGUGAAUAA